CCUUCCACUGUUGGUGACAUCUCUCAAGAAGCCACGGCAACUUCCAUAGUCUAAAGACUCCCGUGUUUGACCAAGUAUCUCUCAUCAUGGCGUCCAUACAAAGACAUCGGUUGCAAUGGCUCACUGGGUUGGUGUUUGCAGUGUUGCUGGGCUGUGCUUCGGCCUUUUUGUCGUCUCCUUCAUCUCCACUACUGACUCGGCCAUUAGUACCCACUACAUCUAGUAGUAGCUGCUUGAAUUUGGCCAAACGACGAGGCAAUCUGGGAUCCAUUGUCGAUGUGGCGGGCGAUUCGUCGUCAUCCUCCAAGCGUCGCACGCAACCCAAAAAGAGAUCCAAGCGAUUGGCCAACAAUAGCAGCAGCAAUAAAAAGAAGAAUUCGUCCAAAAAGGACGAUGCCACUGCCGCUUCCGCCAUUUCACCCCUGUUGCAAGAGUGGGCAUCGGGACAACAACAAGAACAAGAUAAUGAUAUCCAAGAAGACUCAACAGCCGUGAGCACUGCCAGUGCCACUACUUUUACGUCCUUUCAAGAGGACGAGGAAGAGGAUACCCCUACUAGCAAUAAAAAAGGCAAACGAGCGUCUCCCAAAAAACAGAAAUCCCUUCAAAACGAACAAGACGAACAGCGCAAGGAACUCGUGCGCUCUUUGGUGGCAGAACUCAACGACGUCUUGGACACAUCCAAACAAGCCAAUAAAAAGACGGCCGAUAUGAAUGACAUUCUAAAACCCAUUCGACAACUCAUUGCAUUGCCCAAUGCCAAUACCAAUCUACGACAAUUGCUUGCCGGACAAACACGAUAUGACUAUCGAUUGGCAUGGGUUGGAUCGGAUAAUGCCAUUUGUCACAUGGGUACGGGAUUGCACAAGGUACCAUUGGCGCGAUUGCAAGAAGUCUACCUCAGUGCGCUUGGAAAGUCACGAGUCGAAGUCCUCGAAGUCAUUCGCAUUAUUGGACCCUUUCCCAAUGCCCGCAACACAUUGGAAGGAAGUGGUAAAAUUGGAAAACGCAAUGUCGAAUACAACGGCGAUGGCAGUACAUUUUCAGAACUGUCCGUCACGUACGAUUCCAUGAUUGAUGGGACCGGCAAUCGCAUUACGGCCGGAGUCGAAAACAAUGUCCGCAAUUACAAUUUGCAUAUUUUGUUUUGCGAUGAAACGGCCAUUGUGGCCGUUGUGCCACCCACUGCAGAAGCGUCGUGGGAAGAUCCACUGCAAGACAAUGGAGCCAAUAUUUUGUUCUUUGCACGAGAAGAAACGUUGGAAGAAAACUUGGACAAGAUGCGGGUCUUGUAGACAGACAGACUUAGCUAUGCUAUGAUAGGCCAGGCUAGCUAGACAAGAAGAAGAACAAACCUACUGGACAGCCAGGCAAGAGGAAGGUAGGGAGGAAGGAAUGGAUAGUACUAGUAUUAUCAAAGCGAUACUUAAUAAACGAAUACGUAUACAC